GGAAAGGGAGGCACAGGUUUCCGGCCUAAUACGCGAAAACAACUCAGGUCUGAAAGACGAAGAGGAGAAGCUGCUGCUCGUAAAUAAUUCAACUGCGCCGCUUUCCGAGGUACAGUCAUCAUCUACCAAGUAUUCCCUCAUUUAUAUUCCAAGAGUUGGUGGCUACACUGACAUGGCAUCUGUCCACUAAACUGCUCUGUCUUCGGCCACUGCGAGCACCAACCAUUGGUGUGCAACCACCAUCACCAUGGAAACAGACACAGAAGUUAUUCCUAUCUGGCAGAAUAAGCCUCAUGGAUCCGCCCGCAGUUUUGUGAGAAAAAUAGGCUCCACUCUUCCACUCAGGCCUCCACAAAGGGCAUGUUUCCAGGAACUCCCGGGUCUGCCGCCUCUUCGGCCUAUUCGAGGCCCGAUGGUUCCUACCUUGGCAGACAUAGCCUGGAUUGCCGCAGAUGAAGAAGAGACUUAUGCCAGAGUGCGGAGUGACUCUCGUCCUCUGAAACACGAAUGGCGGCCCACGCCUCUCCUGGUGCUCCACAGGAACUCAUCCGUACCUAACUUCCGCCGCGAGGGUAAGAGGUUGGAGGGGCUCAGGAAGCCUGGGGUGACGGCGAUGAACCGUACGACCGCCCUGCAGGACGAGCUCAGCAGACUCCGCUCACAGAUCGCCAAGAUUGUGUCAAGUGACUCUGGCUCCAACCCCCUGACCCCCGACCUGCUCUCCCCAGACGACACCAGUAUGAGCUUCUCCAUGGCGCCUUUCGAGGCGGCGCCCUACCAGCCGGCCGCCGCGGCUGCCGCUUCCUUUGUGAUCAGUGAUGUCACAGAGGAGGAUGAAGAGGAAGAUGAGGAAGAGGAAGAUGUGAUCUCUGUAGUGUCAGAGCUUGUCCCCGACCCUCUGCCGCCUGUUUCCAUGACGGCAUCAGCGACCUUUGACCUGGACAGACCGAGCAUGGAUUUCCGGGAGGCAGAGGAGGAUACAGUGUCGCUUUCAAAGUCCACCAGCUUUGCUGAUGUUAUGGACAUCCUGAAGGACAUGAACCGCAUGAAGAUGAGCAAAGAAAGGUACAACAGAGGCUGUACGUCCCUCAGGGAGGAGAACUCGGCCUCUCUUAUUUCAGAAGCUCUGAGGAAAAAGUUUGUCCUAAAAGAAGAAGAUACCAACGCUUUGAAACGGAAGUAGUCUGAUCACAUGUUUAUCGUCAAUACCCGAUCCUGCUGCUCCAUGCCUUUGCCUGUGGAAUAUGUACCAAUGGAUCCACAACCUCUCCUCAGACCCAAGGCAAUAGCUGUCUGCCAGAGCUAGAACAAAACUGACACUUGGUCCCAGACAUUGAAAACCAAAUGUGAGCCUCACAGUGCUGCCGUAGUGUAAGGGGUAUCUAAAACACUCUUGUUAGUAGUAAUCGGUUUCAGCACUGCGCUGCAUAAUUGCCUCCAGUUUAUUUCUCUCUGAAUAAAUUGGCUUUUACAUUUAUUUUCCAACAGGCUGCUGCCUGGAAACUUUCUCUGUGUUCAGGCUGUAUUGAUUUUAGUUUCUUUCUUGCUUUUAUUACGCUAUAGCUCAUGGUCCAACCCGCUAAAAAGAAUCCUUGGUUCCUUUUGUGUUUUCUACAGAAGAAAUGCAAGAAAAUGGUUUCAUUUCAGUUGUGUCAAGAAGUCCUUUAACAUACUUGAAAAUACUUAAUGCACAAACCAAGCUGAUCUAUUGUACAUGCAGAUAUGUACUGUAUCUUAUCACAGUGUGUGUGUGUGGAAAAUACAACUCCAGAUCUUUGCUGUUCACAUUUUCACAACAGUGCACAGCAUAAACAGUGUGUUCCACUGAGCCUUGUAUCUUCUUGUUUGUGAUUUACAUUUGGAUUGAUAGUCACUGAAUCCCACAACACUGAUUUUAAAACCCAAAAUGACAGGAUAGCUGAUCAUAUCGGUUGAACUUUGUGGUGUAAAAUUAUAGUGACAGUGAAAUGUGAACCUUUCAUUGUUUGGGUUUCAAAUACGGUCACUGAGGUGCAAGCAUGUUCAGGACUUUUUAGACACAUUUCCCCCGGUGUUUUUGUAUACUAACUAAAACCCCUUAUAAUGAUGCAACAUUAAAGAGGUGAUCUGAGUUUGGGCAAAGACAAACAAGCUAUAGUAAGAGGGCUUCUACAUAAUUCUGUAUGCAGUUGGAAAAAGCCAUGGCUAAAAUGCUUGUGUGGGUCAUGAUGAUGAAUAUUCUGGUUGACUCUUUAACACACAUCUAUUGCCUUUUUUUCCGAAGCUUGCUUUUAUUCCCAUAUUAGUCAAAGUGCCAUGGGUUUGCUUUUCUCAGCCCAUCACUCAUUGCCUGCUAUUUCCUGAAUGUGCCCCCCCCCCCUCCCCAUCCUCUUCUUUCCAACUUGUGUGUUUUUAAUAUUGCAAACAUACCAGUUGUGUGGUUAUGCGGAAUGAUGUUUGUUUAAAAAUAACCCCUCACAAGAAAUGACGUGCUGUUAUGUCUGUUUACCUCCUCACGUCACUCCGACUCUGUUUUCUUUCACAUUUAUGCCUAUUUACUUGGGAGUCCUUUAGUGUAGCUUUGAAGUUUGAAAAAUUGAGCUUUGUAAAGAUUGAAACAAGAAUGUGCCCAUAUGUGUGUCGCUGUAUGCAAUGGAGUCAAAGUAUAUUGUCUUGCUUGGCCUUCAUCUUUGAUCCUUUUUUAAUUUCCUCAUUUGACAAACUGUUGAACAUCUAGCUGAGAAAAUGGAGAUAUGCUAGUUUAAAUAUAUCGUGUGUCUGUACUUAAGAUGUUGAACCUUACACAGCUUAGUCUGCCAAACGCUUCACUUGUCCUGGUAAUCAGUUAACAGAGAAUUUAGUUAAUGAGGAUUUUCCAAAGGGAAUUUAUUGACUUUGUUUCUCUUGUUUGUCAAGGGUUUCUAACCAUUGUACCUCUAUGUAGGGUUGAGCCCACCACCGACGUGUUUAUGUUUAUCUUUUGUCAUGUUAGGACUUGUAAAUAAAGAUUGGCUGAUGUUUUGAAACUAA